ACCUUCGCAAUAAGACUUGUAUAAAUCGUCAAAAGCCAGGAUGCCUGAAAUCUUCAUCGCUAUCUGAUACGGCAGAUCCACGCUAGAGGUGCCGGACGCUCCACAGACCGCUACUGUCCAUUACCGCAGGACGACCAGACCUUCCGGCACAGUUAAGUUCUAUGAAGAGAAAAUACAUAUUACGGAUUAACGAGCGGCUGCCGCACGUACCGUAAUGUGUGUACGACCCGCAUACAGUACAGGACAUGGAUGUCAAGUAAUUCGACUCUCGAGCUCAAACGUCGGAAGCUUCGAAGGUGUUCGCAGAGGAGUUGUGAAGUUACAUGAUCAAUUGUGCGACGAGUAUGCCCCUCCUUUCAUUUUGAAUUGAAGCAAGAGGAGGGUUGGGGAAUUUGGUGUCGGACAGAACGGAUCGACAUUUGUUACCUCGGAGGGAGUGGAGGUCUCUGCGUUUUUUGGGUGUAUCUCCCGGAGUCCGAGGAGCAGCGAGCGUAAAUGGACGCGGGGAGGUGUGUCAAGAUGGGUGUUGGAUCGGAGGCCGAUUUAGGUGUUGAGUCAUCUGUGAGAAGGGCCAUCGAUCGCAGCAGAAGAGAUAGAAAUGAUGGCUGCUAUUACUCAACCCUGUUCAACUCGGUUUGCUCGUUGGACAAGAACGAAGCCGGCAAACCUGUGCAGAUUUGCGAGAAGACGGAAAAGCUUCUCAGGAGAUGCGCUGGAAGACCGCAGGAAGUCGUGGAGUCAAGAACUGAGAAGACAAUUGAAGACGUAUCUACUAGUUCCAGUUCAUACUUAGCAGACAACCAUGUCGGGCCAAACCGUCGAUUCCAGCAGCCUCCUAUUCAAAUCCCGGAGGAGUAUAGGGAAGAAUGGCCUCGUCGAGGAAUGGAGAGUUCUAUCCUUCAUGAGCUGUUUGAAAGAAAUGGCGACUCGUUUGCCAGAGGUAUUGAAGAGCUGGUGGAAGCUGCAGAGGAUAUGGUGCAAGAAGUGUUUGGACCUUUUGGUUUGGCCGACGAAGCUCUGCCUAGACAACCUUCGGAACACAGGGAGGAUCGUCCAUCAGGCUGGUUGUGGGAGAAAUUUCUCGGGCGAGGUCAAAACGAAAGGCCCAAACAUAAUGAAACAAACUCUCAGCAAUCACAGCCCCAGAAACCAGCAGAUUACUCCGGUUUGGUUAGGAAUAUUCAAGAAGUUUGAGCAGAAACAGGACCCGUCAGAUCGUUGGGACAGGACACAUUGGUAGCACACUUUCAACCUCUUUUCCGAAGACAUGAAACGGCAUGUAUAUGGGUGAACGGCAUGUUCGGAAGGAAAGAUCGUCAACCAGCAGCGCUGCCUUAACUUACUUAAUAAAUUUCUUAGUCAGUUUUCUUACAACUUAGUUAUGUUUAUUGAAGAGUAAUUCAUUGGAAGAGGUUGGCAAACAAGUGCUCCCGUUUGCUACCGUCUACAAACUGCACAUGACAUAGUCUGAAGGAGAAUGUGAAAUUGGCUUGGGCUACAGAGAGGUUUCUGAAUUUCAACCUGUGGCGUGCAGCUAAGAGGAAGAUAUAGUGCUAGUUUUGAGAAGAGGGAAAGCUUUUCUUAACCAUCUCUGAUAGGCCGUAACCUCAGACCUGAAAACCUCAACUUUGCUUGAAACAGUCGUAAAGAAGAAUGUCAUCAGGGACCUUUAUCCUUUCUCAUGAAGCCUGCAACCAUCCAGCUACAGCUGUGGACCCUAGUAGAUGCCGUUCACUAUUCAACUCAAAUUUUCAUGCGUUAUUAACUCGAAUCUUGAACUACGGACAUUGCAGAGGACCGGCCAUGACGGAGAGCCAAGACCUGUACUGGGAAUAUGACGUUUGCUGCUGAGCCUCUCCAGGACGUCACGCUGACAGACAGUCACGGCUCGUUGAAACGCACAGGAUCGUGCAGAAGACUCGGUCCACAUACACAACUUGAAUCUAGACGCAAGUGACACGCAAAACCUCGAUCGAUCUUGAAGCGGUGCAAAGCCCCGGGCUGACCAAUUAAAAUAUUAAUUUUUUCCCGUCAGAGAGGCAAGAACCUAGAGACAUGAGGGGAACUCAACUUGGAUGUUGUGUACAUUUGGACCCUAGAGGAACCACAAAGUUCCCCGCGGAGUGCAAAACUUAAUAACUGCUCCUUCUUCCAAUUUGUCCGUGAACUAAUAAGCUAAUGAUGACUGUCAAAAAGAGACGAACGAGGAGCCUUCAAAUGAUCAACUCCAUUCACGAUCUACCUAAAUAAACUACAGUACAGAUCUGUCUAAGUGUGUUUAUGAUCCCACAAAGUGGGGAAGAUACUCAAGCAAUUUGCUUGUGAACUACUACUACUAUACAAGUGAUAAUACUUCAAUGGCUUAGUUUCUCUAUAUCAAACUAUACAUCGGAUUCCUCCCAUGCAGUUGUCGAGUCUUCUUCUUGAUGUAUCGUCAGGUUCUCUUUCUUCUGCGGUUUAG